CAAAUUCUUAAUUUUGAGACCCUCUGCAGGCAACUCAUGCUUCACGGGCUUGAAAAAUCCGUGAAAAGAUUCUCUGCGUCCCGGCGGGGCUUGCCCUGCAGAGCACCUUGGGGCGCCUGGGGACCGCGCAGGCCGGCGUCGGCGCGCACCUGCGGGCGUUUCCUCCCGGGCGCAGCCUGUUUACCGCGCCGACCCAGCCGCUUGCAGGAGCUAUAGUAGGUGCUGGAGGGGCCCAGAGGAGAGGAGGAGGAGGAGGAAGCAAAGGAAGAGGAGGAGGAAGAGGGAGCCGAGGAAGACCGGAGAGGCCCCCAAACCCCGGGCCCCGCCCUGCCGCUUAGCUUUCGUUUCCCGAUCGCCCUUCCCGGGCCGCUGGCGGGUUUCGGUCUCGAUCUCGUGGAGGGCGGGACGGGGAGGUGUCCAUGGCCUUCGCCUGCCAGCGCUCGGGUCAGCUCCUGCUCAGACGCGCCUCGGGGUCGCUGCUGCGCGGGGCCUGCGCUCGGGCCAUGUCACCGCCGCACUGCUUCGCGCUGGAGCUUCCCGGCUGUACGCUGGCUCACUUUGCCUUCGGGGGUGACGCCGCAGCGGGUCCCGACGACGGCGCCCGGGGAGACGCGCGCGGCGACCCCCGGCUGGCCGCGCUCCUGGAGCCCCCUGGUCGCCGCUACUCGCUGUGGGUGCCAGUGGCGCCGGGCGCGAGCUGCGCGGCCCGGGUGAGGGCGGCCAAACUGCACCAGCACCUGCUGCACCAACUGCGCCGCCGCGGACCCCUCCAGCGGUGCCAGCUGCGCCGGCUGCUGUGCUACUCGCCCGAGGGCGACGUGCAGCAUGGGGUCCUCCUGCACGACCCCCGCGACAGUCCCGACACCCGGAGCGCGCUUCUCGCGCUCUUGGACGAGUGCCAGGAAGUCCCCAGCCCGCGCCUGGGAGAAUUCGUCGGUGACCCGAGCCACCGAGUUUGGCAGCACCUGUGGGAAUUGCGGGACGGCCAGGGGUGGCAUCUGGCGGACGGACAGCGGGUCCUGCCCGCCCCAGAGCCCGCGCUGCACCCCGUGGUGCCCGACCUGUCCAGUUCAGCAGUUUUCCCGGACCGUGAAGCCGCGCGUGCAGUUUUGGAGGCGUGCACGUCCUUCAUUCCUGAAGCCCAAGCUGUGCUUGACCUGGUGGACCAGUGCCCAGAACAGAUCCAGAAAGGAAGAUUCCCAGUCAUUGUUAUCGAAGGAUUGGAUGCCACAGGUAAAACUACUGUAACCCAGUCGGUUUCAGAUUCACUCAAGGCUGUUCUCUUAAAGUCACCACCUGCUUGCAUUGGCCAGUGGAGGGAAAUCUUCGAUGAUGAGCCCACCAUCAUUAGAAGAGCUUUUUACUCAUUGGGCAAUUAUAUUGUGGCUUCUGAAAUUGCUAAAGAGUCUACCAAAUCUCCUGUGAUUAUAGACAGGUACUGGCAUAGUACAGCCACUUAUGCCAUCGCCACCGAGGUGAGUGGAGGUAUCCAGCACCUGCCUCCAGCCCAUCACUCAAUAUACCAAUGGCCCAGAGACCUGCUUAAACCUGACCUGGUGCUAUUGCUCACUUUGAGUCCAGAGGAGCGAUUGCAGAGGCUAAAGGGCCGGGGCAUGGAGAAGACCAGAGAGGAAACUGAACUGGAGACCAAUAGUGUAUUUCGGCAAAAGGUAGAACUGUCCUACCGGCGGAUGGAAAACCCCGACUGCCAUGUGGUGGAUGCCAGUCCUGCAAAAGAAAAGGUUCUCCAGACGGUUUUAAGCAUAAUCCAAAAUAAUUGUACCUAAUUAUUACAUUGCAACAGUAAUUGAAAUAAAAUUACUCCAACCAGGUGACAUGUUUAUUUUAUUCAUUGUUGUUCAAUGCAUCUAAGCAUUCAUUGGUCGUGACAUUUUCCCAUAUUUCUGUUACAUAAAAGCAUAAUGUAGCAGAAAAUUGAAGAUCAGAUUAUUCAUUUUACUACAUUAUUGUACUCUCUCUAACUAAUGGAUUCAUUAAGGUUAAUAUCAUUUAUGUUCCAGAGAAAGACUCGUGAUUGAUUUCAUCCCAGUAUUGUAAACCAGUUUGUUAGAACUUAUUUUGCACUCCAUCCUCCAAAAUUUCUCAUAUCCAGAAGCAUAAGACAAUGCAGAUGCAAUUGAAAAUAUCUUUUAGUCAACCAAAGGCCCUCACUCUGGCCCCAACAACUUGGUUCAUGGAUGAGACUAAGAUUUACGUAGAGCUUACUUCUUGAUUUAGUUCACAUGCAUUUCAUCAUCAUGUGCUCAGCCCCAACAUUUUAGAACCAACUUGUCCUACAGACUAAACCUCUAUGUCCUUUCUGUCCCAGGUAUCCCCAUAGAGUUGGAGCCUAUACAAAUAAGACAUCUCUGACUUACAGCCUGGAAAUAACUUAUUUCAGCACUUCAGAAACAGAUAUGGAGACAGGAAACCCAAAAUGCUAUUAGUAGAAUUAUACCAGCCUUGAAUUAUUUUCUACUUACUUCUUACCCCUUUUCUUUGAAAACAUGGCUUUUGAUACAAUGAGUAAUUUACACUGAGCUUGAUAUAUGACACUUAGCUAGUCCAGCAAUUUAUUUAUAUUGAGGUUUACUUUAUGUUGUUUCUUAAUGUAGAAGAUUUGAUCCUCUAAUGGAAAUGAAAGUCAAGAAGCUAAAUGCAGUGGUUGUGCAUUAAAAUUUCGCAUAUAUAUCUUGGAAUAAGAUUUCCAAGUAAACUAUCUUGCACUUGAAUGUCUUAUGAUUGUACAGGAAAUCAGCUUUGAGUUCUGUCUUUAUAGGAAAAAAAUGAGAGAAUAGAUGAAACUUCCUUGCUAUGUGACCCUAGGUGAGUCAUUUCACAUGAGUAGUCUGUUUUAUUUAUAAAAGUGGCACUAUUUAUUUAUCUUGAAGAGUUGUUGAACCAAUUACCUAACAUGCGUCUAGUUCUAAGAUAAAUUUAUUAUUUAUUUUCUUCUUGUCUACCAUUUCUUGAGGAUGUGCUCUCCUCCCCAAAGUAAUUUUAAAAGCUUGGCAGGUUUAUUAUAUGAUAUCCUAAAAUAUAAUAAAGCUUGCUGUUAACUAUAGCAUACUACUUUUUAAAAGAACUAUAUGUAAUUUAUACAUAGUAUAUCUGCAUAUAUAAAUAUGUAAUCGGUUUUAUUCUGAAAGUAUUUUAAAAGCUAAUACAUAGGAUUCUUUAAAAUGUGAUAUCUCAUUACUAUUGGUGUUAUAUACUUUAAAUCUUUCGAAAUGCUUAUGUUAGCAGCCUAAUAAAAACAAUUUAAUGCUUUUUAAAAAUACUUUGUGGACGAAUAAACUUACUUUGAUU